AUGGAGGAUCCCGUGGCUCCUGUUGACCCUAUGUUUGCUGAUCCCGCUGAUUUCAAGAUGGAGUUUGACGAUCCGGAGCCUGUUGUGGCCCCCGAGCCAGUAGUUGCUCCAGACCCCGCAUUCGAGCAUGACCUUAUUCAUGAUGAUGUACCCGCUGUUGAUCCUUUGAUUGCUGAUAUACCUGUCGAUGAUUAUCCUAUUGUUGCUCCACUGUUGGAGGGUGACCAUGCUGUUGCUGCUCAUGUUGAAUCCCCUCACAUUGCUGAUAUUCCUGCUGAUCCUAUUAUUGCCCCUCUUCCUGACCCAGUGCCUGUGGAGCCCGAUCAUGCACCCUUUGCGACCCAUGUUGACCCUCGAUAUGCGCACACCCAAAAUGGGUGGAUAGACGAUGAUGAUGACUACCCGCCUUUUGUGGUACCUGUUACACCUGCUUCAGCCCCUAUCGAUGCACCUUUGUUUCCUGCACAUGUCACUGAUGCGCAUCGCGCAGACCUGCCUAUCACAUUUCUCCAGGACAUACCUCCACCACGUCCUGGGGAGGGGUCAUCUCGUUAG